AUGUCUCGAAAACGAGCCAUUGACAAUCCCAAUGCCCUGACAACAGUUUCCAAAAGAACCCGUCGGGGGGUCCAAAAAGCGCACGAUGAACACGGGUUAUACAAAAUCACAAAUCCCUCAACACCCUUCCCCCUCUUCAAUCUCCCCCCAGAAAUCCGCACCCUCAUAUACAAAUACGCAAUCGGCAACCGGGUAAUCCACAUCCACCCCUGGGCGCAAUACCUCUAUGACGCCCCUCACGUCGGAUACUUCUACUGCGUGUGCAAAAGCGGUCCAACACUAGACAAGACAGGAUCCGAGUACCGCAUCGCGCAGAGCUGGGAAGAGGAGGGCAAACCCACCGACAUCCCAGAAUGUGGAUACGAGGCUAUCAGGCACCUGAAUGGGUUUCCGAAUCGAAUGGACGAAGCGAGGGAGGGGACGGAGCGGUUGUUUUUGGAUUUACUGCGUGUUAGUAAACGGGUGUAUGAGGAGGCGGGGGCGAUUGCGUAUAGUUCGAAUAUUUAUGCGUUUGAGGAAGUCAAUGGGUUUAGAUCGUUUCUGAUGCAGGGACUAGGGUUGGGCUCUGUGCGGGCUGGGUUACUCCGGAAAGUGGUGCUUACCGUUGCACCGAAGUCAAGAGAGAUGCAUUGGUGGAAUGGGUAUCUGGGUAGCAAGACAGAAGGAGGGAUUGAUAUCCUGGAUUCAUUGAGGGGGGUGGAAGAAGUGCAUUUUGUGUUGAAACGGGCGUAUUCGCUGCCGAGUCCAGUGCUGAAGGGAGAAUGGGAUGAGCUGUGUUUUGUAUAUGGGGUGUUGCAGUUUGGGAAGUUGGGGUUGAAGGAGGUGUCGAUUGGACAUGAUGAGUGGUUUUAUAAAUGGAUUGGAAAGGAUGAGGAGAGGUUGGGGAGGUAUAAAAAGGUGAUGAGAGGGAAGUUGUUAUCCUGGAAUGAGAAAGAGAGUGACAUGGAAAGAGAAAGACAGCAAUUGGAAAAAGAGUAUACAGAACGAAGCAAAUUUUGCUAUUUCUAA